AUGAUGUCUGCGCCGAAGCAUCUUGUCUGGGCCCUUCUCGCUGUCGUUUCUUCGGCUGGAGCAUUUGUUGUCCGACCAAGGGAUGCCAGGAAAACUACCACCACGCUAUUCCUUGAGGACUGGGUCGCAGAUAUGAUUGAUCACGAGUUGCACCGAUUGCAUCACAAGGAAGAAUAUGAGCAGGAAUGGAUGGAGAAGAAUCGCAAUCACAUACUGCAUCAUAUUCCGCAAGAAGUUGAUGGCCAAGAGGAUGAAAUGGUUGACAUUCGUCAAGUGGCCAAGGAUAAGAAGCUCGCGAGGGAAAAUCCAGAAAGAUACUGCGCAGACCGUUGUGUUGCAACUGGCAAUUGUGAAGUCUAUGAGGAUAUAUUUGAACUUGGUCCUGAAGAAGUCCUAUCUUUCUGCAAUGAAUGUGUCUUGAGUGAAAAUAAGGAAGAAUGUGAUAUCCCACCAGCUUUUUAUCGGUUUGGUGAUGUAGAAGAUGUGGUUUCCUUUCUGAGUCCUUAA